AUGGAGGAAAGAAAGUGGGGAAAUCAGACGUUGAUCAGAGAAUUCAUCCUCUUGGAAUUGGGGAAUAUCGCUGAAGUGCAAGUUCUUCUCUUCCUGUUGUUCCUAGCGAUCUACAUUGUGACCAUGGCUGGGAACAUUCUGAUCAUUGCCCUAGUUAUGGCUAAUCGACGUCUUCAUACCCCCAUGUACUUCUUCCUGUGGAACUUGUCCUGCUUGGAGACCUGCUACAGUUCCACAAUCCUUCCCAGGAUGCUGGCCAGUAUGCUGACUGGGGAAAGAACCAUUUCUGUUAGCGGCUGCAUCACACAACUUCAUUUCUUUGGUUUCCUGGCAGCUACAGAAUGUUACCUGCUAUCAGCGAUGUCUUAUGAUCGGUAUCUAGCAAUAUGCAAACCACUGCAAUAUGCCAUCUGCAUGAAUGGUAGGAACUGCCUCUGGCUGGCAUCUGGGUCUUGGAUCAGUGGAUUUCUGGGCAGUACAAUAAUGACAUUUUUGGUGUCAAAAUUAACUUUCUGUGGCCCAAAUGAAAUUGACCAUUUCUUUUGCGAUUUCACCCCAAUGAUUAAACUCUCCUGCAGUGACAUCAGCCUGACCACCCUGGUGACCCUGAUUCUUUCUUCCAUGGAAACCCUGGUUCCAUUUCUGUUAACCAUGACAUCCUAUGUUUGCAUCAUAGUGACCAUUCUAAGGAUCCCUUCCACCAGCGGGAGGCAAAAGGCCUUUUCCACCUGCUCCUCUCACCUCGCCAUGGUCACAAUUUUUUAUGGCACUAUAAUUAUAGUCUAUGUGAUGCCAAAAAACAGUACACUGAGAGAGCUGAACAAAGUGUUCUCCGUCUUCUACACUGUCCUGACUCCCCUGGCCAACCCCCUCAUCUACAGCCUGAGAAACAGAGAGGUCAAGGAGGCCCUGAGAAAAGUGGUCCGUGGACUCCUGGGGGUCCACAGACUACGUCUAAGAUUUUCAAAAGGGGUCACACCUCCAUUCAAACGUUUUUAG